GUGCCGCGCAGUGCUACUCCCCGGGACACGCCCACCCACCUGGUGACUCGAAAAAUAACAAAAAGAUCGUAGAUAUCAGGACUUGGCCGGAUGACACCAAACUGGACCGGGAAGUAGACUGACCGCACCACACACGAACAUCUCAAAUAGAUUAUUUCUUCAAAAGCAGCAAGCGCAUCAAAGGUGCGGCUAUAAUUAUUCGAUAAGGAAACCUGAAGGCUAUGAGAAAAUGGAAGAGGAAACAACUGACUUUGUGUCAUUUCUCGCAAAACGCGAAAGAAAUAAGGUUUCCCAACAGAGUCUACUAUCACAGCGGCACUAUUUCACAAACUCUGUUUGUCUUGUAAAUUUAAACCAUCUCUCCGAUGCCCUGUGGUGCAAUUCCUGCAGCGUACCCCUGUCUCUUCGGCACUGCACGCAAGAAAAGCCUUUCAGGAACUCGUAUGUGUUGAAGAUCAAGUGUUGGCGGUGUCAAAAUCUAAAUGACGUAUUUCUUUUUGCUGACACUGUUGACGUCAAACCAUCAAGUCACGAUGAUUUCCCAGCCAGUGAAACUGCUCAAAAUCAUUCUACCAAUCAAACAGUCCCGAAGAAUUGCGUGGUUAUAAACUCAAUAAACCAGCAGACUCGUAGGGGUCAUCCUCCUGGUAAGAGUAGAGGAUCUCAGAAAUUGCAAAAAACUAGAGAGUCAAAAAGACUCAAAUUGGAUGAGAAGGAUAUAAUUGAUACCAAAUUGGAAGCAGGCCUUACCAGCAAUGAUGAUAAAAAUGAAUCAAGAAAAAGUGUGGAUGGAGGUGAUGAGACAUUUGAUCCAGAGGAAGCUGAAAAUGAUGCUGCAAAUAAAAUUCCUCAACAAUGCUCAUAUUGCCCUAUGCAGUUCAAUGAAAAGAAGGCUCACGCGAAACACAUGAAAAAUGAGCAUCCAGAGGUUAGGUCAUUCUUUUGUGACAUGUGCUCUGAAGAAUUUACAACCAUCUACUUCCUUCGAAAACACAAAAUGGAAUCUCAUUUGCCGGAGGACUCUCCAAAGUGUGACACUUGUGGCAAAGCCUUUCUCACACUAGAUCUUCUCAACGCACACAAAUUAAGACACUUGCCCAAAGAGGCCCGGCAGUUCAAAUGCAACCGUUGCUCAAAAAAGUUCUUUGAAGCUAAACGACUAAAGGUGCACAUGCUGCGAUUCCACGCGAAAAGCAAGCGUGAAUUCAAAUGCGCCCACUGCCCGCGGAACUACGAAACCAAGCCCAAACUCUUGAGGCACAUCGUGGAGCACGUUCAAGACGACAUAUUCGCCAUCAAGCACGGACAUGAAUUCUCCCGUUGGAAAUGUGAAUACUGUGACAAAAUAUUCAAGAAUAUGGGCCGCCAAUUAGUGCACAUGCGUGAAUGCCACCCGGAGUUCAAAGAGUUUAUCUGCGGCUGGUGCGGCGAGAAGUGCACAAAUAACAAGUCAUUCCAAAAGCACAGGCGCAUGAACCACAGAACCGACUCAUUAUAUGUGUGUGAUGAGUGUGGCAAGCCUGCACUUAACCCCAAGAAAUUGGAAUUGCACAAACUGACUCAUCGCUCUGGCAAUGAAGGGAGGGAGUUUUUGUGUUCAUUUUGUCCCCGUGCGUUUGCCGAGAACAGUUCCUUGGUGGAUCACAUAAAACGGUUCCAUGUGAUUACCACCUACUACUGCGCGAACUGUCCAAAGACUUUCAAGAUGAAGUUCAACAUCAGAAGGCACAUGCAGCUUCAUACAGGGGAAUUUAAGCAUUCUUGCCAGUAUUGCGGAGCCAACUUUGUGGCUGCUGAUGGUCGAGAUCAUCACAUCAGAAAUUGUCACCGAUUCAUGUGUGUUAUUUGCUCUUCGAUUUUUCCUACAAAAGACGAAGUGUUAGUGCACAGAAUCAAAGAACACUCGGACGUGGGGAGGGCUCGUGAAGGAGAUCAAAUAUUUGAGAAAAUUACUGAUUACAAUUGUGAUGUUUGCUGCAGGUAUUUAUCUUCCAAGCAAGCACUAAACACGCAUCUGAGAACACACACUAAGAGGAAAGCAAAAAGUGAAUUAUUGCUAUCCACAGAUUAAUACCAGUGUAAAAUAAAUUGUUCACUUGAUUUCCCAUCAUUUUUCCUCUACUUUUAAUAAAAAUUUAAUUCCAUGAAA